AUGAGUCCACCACCAGAUAUAAAUACAACACCAACAGUUGAGUUACGAAAAUACAAUGUACUACAUGUCAUUAUAAAAUCAUCGAUUAGUGAUUUAUUAGCACGGUAUUCGUCGCUAGACAAGAUCCUCCGUAUCAUCGCUUAUGGACUACGGUUGAGAAAAUUACGGUCCUCAUGUCUCCACAAUUUCGCUUUAAAUGCGGAAGAACUCACCCAUGCGUUGUCAGCAUUGAUCUAUUUCACGCAGCGCACUGCCUACCCUACUGAAGUUCAAAGAUUGACCAAAGGAUUACACAUCAACUCCAAGGACCUCCGUCGCUUGGAUUUGUUUAUUGAUUCGUUCGGUCUUGUCAGAGUGGGCGGUCGACUCACAAACGCCAAUAUCCCGUAUGCACACAAACAUCCAGUUCUCUUACCUUCGUCUCAUCCAUUAACUAAUCUUCUCAUCGACCAUCAUCAUGUCCGGUUGUGCCAUCCAGGUGCUCACACUCUGCAGACACAUCUACAACAGGACUACUGGAUUCAGUCUGCGCGUCGUGUUAUCCGAUCUCGCCUCAGGUUAUGCAUUCCCUGCUACAAAACUCGACCCAGGCCGGUUGAACCAAAAAUGGCGGCUCUACCCAAACAUCGGGUUCAACAAAUCAAACCAUUUGCCAGUACCGGAGUGGAUUAUGCCGGUCCUAUAUCCAUCAAACAAUCAAGAGGUCGAUCAUCUGCGUCAAGGUCAGCCUAUAUUUGUUUGUUUGUAUGUUUAGCUACUAAAGCCUUGCACCUGGAACUCAGCUCUGACUUGACCACUGAAACCUUUCUGCAAGCCUUCACCCGUUUCAUCGCACGACGGGGCCCUGUUCAUGAAAUGACUAGUGACUGUGGUACCAAUUUCGUUGGUGCAGCACGAUUACUACCUCCAUUGAACACCUUCAUCAAUUCAGCUUCUUUUCAAGACCGAAUACAUCAGCAACUAGCGAACAAGGGUAUACGUUGGAAUUUUAAUCCACCCUCCUCACCACAUUUCGGCGGUCUAUGGGAGGCAGGCGUCAAAUCAACCAAAUCAUUAAUUAUACGGUCAAUAGGUGUCCAUAGAUUAACCAGUGAAGAAUUAAUGACGUUGCUCACCCAAGUAGAGGCCACUCUAAACUCUAGGCCAUUAAGUGCAUUGAGUAAUGACCCCUCUGAUCUCUCCGCUUUAACGCCAAGUCACUUUUUGACUCUUGAACCUUCCACCAACCUGCCUGAACCCAACUUAGCGACGAUUCCACUUUCCAAAUUGCAGAGAUGGCGUCUCAUCAAUGACAUCCAUCACCAUUUCUGGACGAGAUGGAGAACCGAAUAUCUAUCCAGCUUACAAAUCCGCAGCAAAUGGUUGGAAAAUCGUGGAGAACUGACCAUUGGUGAUCUAGUGCUCAUCCGGGAAGCUACUCCUCCACUUCACUGGCGUCUUGGACGAAUCCUGGCCCUGCACCCUGGAUCAGAUGGAAUCUCCCGCGUUGCUACCGUCCAAACUGCUUCAGGAAUCCUGACUAGGCCAGCCGUCAAGCUUUGCCCUCUACCAACUCCUUGA